AUGGUCAAGACAACAGUGGGCAAAACAAUUGUUUACUGUCGCAUCACUGUUCUUUUUUCCAUAUUUCUGUGUUUUAUUUCAGAGUUGUUUGAAGAAAAUGAGGAGAAUGGAGAGUUCAGUGAAGUUGAGGAGAACAUUCAUGGCAAAACUGAAGAAAAACCUUUGAGUUGCUCUCAAAACAAACAGAAAGAUUUAAGGCAAAGAAGAGCCAAAAUAUAUUUCACCUGCACUCAGUGUGGAAAGAGUUUGACAAGCAAACAUAGUCUUGACAUUCACAUGAGAGUUCAUACUGGAGUAAAACCUUACACAUGUGAUCAAUGUGGAAGAAGUUUCACACAAAAAUCAAGCCUUAAGUUACACAUGAACAUCCACACUAGAGAGAAACUGCACACAUGUGAUCAAUGCGACAAAGCAUUUUUGAGAGCUUCAGACCUGAAGGAUCACCUGACGGUUCAUACAAAGGAGAAGCCACAUUCAUGUCAUUUGUGUGGAAAGAGUUUUUCAUUACUAAAAAAAUUCAAAGUACAUCAGAAAAUACACACUGGUGUUAGAGAGUACAUGUGUUUUGAAUGUGACAAGACUUUUACUUCAGCAAGCUGUUUAAAACAGCAUGAGAGGAUUCACACUGGAGAAAAACCUCAAAAGUGUUCAUACUGUGACAAGAGAUUCAGUGGAUCAACACAUUUGAAAACACAUGAGAUGAUCCACACUGGAGAAAAACCUUACACAUGUGAUCAAUGUGGGAAGAAUUUCAGACUAAAAGAACAUCUUACGAAACAUAUGAGAGUUCACACUGGAGAGAAACCAUUCACUUGUGUUCAGUGUGGAACAAGUUUCACACAAUCAUCAGGCCUUAAGAAACACAUGAACAUCCACACUAGAGAGAAACUGUACACAUGUGAUCAAUGCGGCACAACAUUUUUGAGAGCUUCAUGCCUGAAGGAUCACCAGAGAGUUCAUACAAAGGAGAAACCACAUUCAUGUUCUGUGUGUGGAAAGAGUUUUUCAUGUCUACAAAUUUUGAAAAGACAUCAGAAAAUGCAUACUGGUGUGAGAGAGUACAUGUGCUUUGAGUGUGACAAGACUUUUACUUCAGCAGACUGUUUAAAACGGCACCAGACGAUCCACACUGGAGAGAAACCUCACAAGUGUUCAUACUGUGACAAGAGAUUCAGUCGAUCAACACGUUUGAAAACACAUGAGAUGAUCCACACUGGAGAGAAACCUUACAUGUGUUUACAAUGUGGGAAGAGAUUCAGUGUGUCAACACAUCUGAAAACACAUGAGCGGAUCCACACUGGAGAGAAACCUUACAAGUUGUUCAGAGACUCAGUCGGUCAACACAUCUGA